GCAACUUGAAUGAACACGACCAGCGGCACCAGCCACAGCCUUUGUGUGCCCGAGGUACCCUCUGCUACAGUAUCGUCGUGCCCUGCCGCGGCCGGGACGCAGCUGGUCCGCCUGGACUGCGUCCCGGUUCGCCUGGACCCGAGCCCGCCGCUGGAGCAACCAUCGCCAAAUGUUCAACCAUCGCCUCUUACGGCUGGACACUUUGGGACGAAGCCAUUGCCAACCACCCAGUCAGCACCAGUCAGGAACAAGCCCGGGCCGAAGCCUAAACCCGUGACCGAUCGAAUCAAGAAAAAGCCUGGGCCGAAGCCCAAACCGUUGAGCGAACGGAUCCCGGUUACCAAGCCAGUGACACGAAUACAAAGAACCUAUUCGAAGGAGGAAAAGAUCCAGGUUCUCACCUUCUUAACCAACCACAAGAUGCUCCGGACCCGAACGCAGAUAUCUCGCCGUCGAAGCGGCGCCGAUGUGACGGUGGAUUCGCUCACAUACCGCGACGUUACCUUCCAGGAAGCAAGCGACUUCUUCAAGAUACCCGCGAGCACGAUAUCUCACUGGUGGACCGCGCGCAACGAAAUACUACAGAACCAGGGCCGUGAGAGCGCACCUUCGUUUUGGUCCGUCGUCCUAUGA